UUCUUUACUUGUGAAACUCCUUGUGAUAAUAUCAUCUUAGCUAUGGCAAAGGUCGGAAUUAACGGAUUCGGUCGUAUCGGCCGCUUGGUGCUUCGUGCUGCCUUGUCCAAGGGAGUCGAGGUCGUUGCUGUCAAUGAUCCCUUCAUUGAUGUGGACUACAUGGUCUACAUGUUCAAGUACGAUUCCACUCAUGGACGCUACAAGGGCGAGGUGCACAAGGACGGAACUGAUCUCGUCGUCGAU